AUGGCGACCCCGCCUGCUUCGGGCCAGCCACGCCGCUCCACACGCACAUCCGCACGCCCCGACUACGCCGAACCGUCGCCAGAAUCGGAAGACGAAGAGCACCUUGCCGAGUGCGUCCUUCAAGAGGAGCGUCGGGAAGAUGGCGUACUGUGGUACGAGGUCAAAUGGGCUGGCACCGAUCCGAAGACUGGUCUGCGCCACGAGCCCAGCUGGAUCCCGGCCGAUGGAGCAAAUAAGGCGUUGAAGAAGGACUGGGAGAGACUGAAGAGACUCCGUAGGGCCCGAGAUGCUCCCGCUGCUCGUACUGCCCGUCAGGCUGGAGCUACCCGUCGAGCUCAAGCUGAGCGUUCCGCCGGGGCUGCCCGUCAGGCUGAAGCCGAGCGUCUAGCUGAAGCUACUCAUCAAGCUAAAGCUGAGCGCACCGCCGAGGCUGGUCAUAUUGUUGAAGGCGUUCGGGCGGAUGAAGCUGCUCGGGAAGCCCCAGAUGGUCGCGUCCCCCAUACUGCCACCGCUCCCUCCGCCGGCGGGGCUGCUCCUUCGGCCGCAACACUCGAAGCCUCUGAUGACGACGAAUUCACACUUGCGCGCGAGUAUCAACCAAUAACUCCCCGGCGUGAAGAGCGCGCGAUGCGCCUUCUACAUCAACCUUACGAGUCCUUGCGUCGUACUCGCCAACCCUCCUGCGAUCGACCUCUUCCUUCAACCGAACAACCCUACACACUCAGUGCUAGGCAGACGACGGCACCCAUCUUCACACCUACGCCGCGCUCCGCUGUCUACCGUUAUCAGCCCUACCCAUCCAGCAGACCACCUAGCUCACCACCUAUACGACGGCCUGAGUCAUUACAUCGGCUAAUGGCGGAGGUAAUGGUGGAGUCGGCGCGAAACGCUGCAAACACGGAAUUGGACCGUCAAUGCUUCAUAUGUUUCGAUAGCGUCGAGACUUUUGAAGCGGAUGGUAUUCACUACCAGAGGCUACGUUGCUGCGGUAUGUAUCCCAUUCGUCUACUCACCAACACCUUGACUGACUAG